GCAAGAUAGUGGUAGCAGCGAUGAAUCUAGAUGAGUUUUUUGGGAGAUAUAUAUAUGUAUAUACAAGGGAGAGAGGGUUGAGUGGGUGAGCAGCCUGGCGAGGAACUAGCGGCCGCUGGUGUCUCCCGGACGAGAUACCAUCUUUUGUGAGCAAUGAUGUCAUAGCUACUCAACUGGAGAGAGCCAUUCGAGUGAAAGGCUCUCGGCACUGGAAUAAAAAUAUUACGAUAAGCACACAACGGACGGCAAGAGUGCCAAUCGUUGGUUAAAUAUGCCAGAAAAACUAAAUAAAGCUGCUACAAAUCGCAAGCGCAAGCAACUUUGCAAUGACAAGAAAUCCAACAUGGACAAAAAAGGCAGAGGAAUUCCAAAGAAAAGUAGAAAAGAAGACAAAGGUGCUUCGAGUAGUCCAAAGAAAUGUAACCAAAAAAGUAAGGGAGCAUGUGUUACUCCGGACAAAUGCAACAAAGAAGAGAGAUUAGUGCCUAGUGUUGCAGAUGACUGUAACAAGCAAGCAAGAGGAGUAUCUAGUGCCAAAAUAAAACUCGUAAACAAGCGAAAGCAGCUGACUCAAAAGACAGUUGCCACUGUACGUCCCUCUAAAACCGUCAAGAAACCAUCACCAAAGAAAACUCCGAAGAAAAGCCCUGGACAUGAAAAUGUUGAAGAGCCAACUGUUGAAGCAGACAAAAAGACUCGUGGGCAGAGGAAGAAGAAAAUACUCCAUCCCCUCACCAUUGAGCUUAGUCAGGACGAUGAGUAUAGUGACAUUGAUUAUGAGUCUCCGUCGGAGGAGUAUCAACCUCCAAAAUGGUUACAUGAUGAUGAUGAUGAUGAUACUUGGGGUGAUUCAGAAGAAGGUACAAAAAGUCCUAAGAAAAAAAAGAUGGCAAAAGAAAAAGAUAAGAAUAAUGAUGAGCAGCCUAAGAAGAAAAAGCAAAGAAAAACUAAGCAAAAUAAGAAUAGGGAGAUUCUUGAGAAAACUAGAAGAAUUGGCACUGGUGUUAAAAGAAAGAGAAGGUUAAUUAAAAGUAGAUUAAACACUGAGCCCGAAGCAAGUGCCUUCCCAGAUAUGCCCGAUCUUUUAGCAGAUGAUAUCACACAAUCAACAGGAGGCAAGCCUAAAAAGAAGAAAAGAAGGCUAAAAUCUAAUUUGGCAAAGAUGAGGGACUCGAUGAAUCGAAGUACAUCUGAUCAAGAUGAUCUUGCUCUGAUGGAGGAGAAGGAAGAUGAUAUUCAAGAAUUCGAUGUAUUGAAAUCCAGAAAGUUGUCAAAAUAUGGUCAGCCGUAUUCCGUUACGGGAAGCUGGUAUAUAGCCUCUGGGUAUUUACAAGAUUUGACAACUCUUCUUCAACUCUUUGAUGAUUCUGAGAAUUGGAGAUUUAAGGAUUUUGCUGUGUGCUGGCAGACACUGAAGUUUUCCCUAAUAUACAGGGGUCGUCAGAACUUCAAAGAGCUGCUAGAGUUUUCAGAAGAAGUUGCAUUGCUGACCAAAAGGUUCUUGGUUCCUCCACACAGUUUCAAGUGGAGGAUUGGAGCACUCUAUACCAUUUAUGGUCUCUACUAUAAGCACCCCUUCAGCUGUAAUUUGGCCAAUGUCAAUAAGCCAUGUGCUAAUACCAAAGUGUGUUACCAGAGGCUCAUCAUGUUUUAUAUUUUGCAGAUGUGUCUGGACUUUGCCUCCACAGACCGUGAUGCAGUUGAUGUAAAGUACGAGUCUCAGCGGCUUGCGAAUGCAUCUCCGGUGUCCAACUCGCUUCCUCUUCAGGCUCGGAACAUUCAAAGACACCUCCUAGAACAGUAUAUGAAAGUUAAAGCUGUUGCUAUGGGUGAUGGUAAAGAGCCAGAAAAAGCUGUCCGUCUUGUUCAAUUUUCACUUCCAGCAGAAGUUGAUAGUACUCUGAAGAAGCUGAAGGAAGAGACACUCAUUGAACUGGGCCUUAAAGAAUUACCAAGUUCAUCCUCUGUAGAAGGCAAAACUUCUAAUGUUCUGUCAGACAUAGGUGCCAGGAGAGCUCAUGUUCGGGCAAAAGCUUUGACUGCAGAUACCAGUCAAGAAUAUCUACACAAGAGAGGAAUAGUGAGUAACUUUGUAUUUAAAGGAAAGAUGGGAAGAAGAGUUUUAAUAAAGAGAAGGCUUAGCAGACCUCGUGAUGAAGAGCAAGACAAUGAAGUUGUCAAGAUAAAUGAUUUAUCCGGUCCCGGUAAACGUAAGGUUUAUAAAACUCUGGAGUCGUUAAUGGAGAAGGAAGUGAGGGACUUCAUGAGUCCACCCUCUCCCAGCAUCCUUAGUAUGCCAUUGAAGCCUAGAGAAGAGACUGAAGAACCAGCUCAUGAUACUACUGGCAGUACAGAGGAUUUAGAUCACUUAAGAAGUGAUGAUGAUGCAGAUAAUGAACUGGCAGCUGAUGAAGAAGUUGUGGCUGAUGAGGAACUAGAGGGAGAUAAUGAACUAAAGGCAGACAAUGAACUUGCUGUUGAUGGCCUUUCAGAGGAAAAUGAAGUGCAAACUCUCAUGAAAAAUGAAACGAGCCCUCCUUCAAAUACUGUUGAAAACAUUGAGGAGGAAUGGUUUAAUACUGUACCUAAAGUAACACCGCGUCCUAAGCGUAGACGAGGACGGCCAAGGAAAACUGCUCUUUACAAGGCAUUAAACAAUUCUAAACGAAAUGUUCCAAUAAAAGAAAAAUUGGCCCUUCUCUUUGGAAAUAAAAAAGGAAAAGCCAAAGCAUUACAGGAAUUGUUAGAGGUAGGUUCAUCAGAGCAUGAUUUACCUGCCAUUAAUGCUUCAAACAGCAUUCAGGUAGAUGCACCUAUCAUAGACCUGCCCUCCGAACAGACUAAGCUUAUUUUGCAGGUGAAGCCCAAUUGCCAUGUUGAUGAACACCUUAAAGUCACUAACUUGUGUGAGGCUCAAACAAUGACCGACUGUGCAGAUGCAAUACAGUCAGGUAUGAUGCAGAUUUAUGAGUCUGUAAGUCUAGAUGAGAGUUUUCUAGUUUUAGAUGUACAUUUUAAUAAGACUGGAACCAAUAUUCUCAGAAAGAUGAAAUAUAAAAUAAAAAAGACUGUUUGGGAAUCGAUAAAAAAAGAUGAACGUAAGAUGAAAUCCUUGAAGAAGAAAUUACUCAAGUUUUUAACUCUUAGCGAUGACAGUAGCCAAGCUGAUAUAAAAAGCCAUGUUUCUGGUUGUGUCGCUGAAGGCGAGAGUGGGGAGAACAAGCUUUCUCAAGGUUUGUCUUCUCAGAAUGAACACUUAAGGUAUACAUCUCCAUCAAAGUAUACCAAGAAAGUGAAUGCACCAAUCAACAGUAAUGUACAAGAACAAGUUAUUUCAGUUCCACCAAAACAAGCAGCAAAAAGAGCUUGGAUUCCAAAGGCCGGUAAAAAAGCCAAGAUAACAAUGGUACCCAUAAAGGUUGGUGGUGUGACCCAUUACUUCCCUUCAACUCCUUAUUUACCAGGAACUCCUAAGAGUAAAAAACCUACUGCUGAGCAAGAGAAAGUACAAACUACUCCAUGUGUUAAAGUAACUUGUGAAGUGAAUGAUUAUCAGAUACGACAUUCUAAUUUUUCUGAAGACGCAAGGGCAGAGUCCCCAGACUUCAUUUAUGGUGACAACAAAUUAAUGUCUCCUCUACCUGAAAAUGAGACCAGAGAAGAGUGCUAUCCUGACUCUGUUGAAUCAGUAAUAAUACAUGUAGAUGCUCCUAUUCCAGGGAUAGAUGUUGAAAUUAAAGAUGAUAAAUAUAACCAAGAAAGAGAGAUGGAAAGUCCUGUAAAAUUAAACAAAAUGUUGAUAAAGGGAUCACCAUCAUCUCCAAGAAAGCAGCAUCCUUGUAAGAGAGCUGUUGAUCAAGUUUGUAUCAUAGAAGAUCAAAUUUCUAAAGUCUCUGACGAUAACUCUCCUAAUUCUCGGAGAACGAUGACUAAAGAAAUAAAGGAUGCAAUGUGUCAUAAGGUUUUACAAAAUAAUACAAUUGAUUUAUCUGAAGAGGAGAAUUCAGUCCAGUUUGUGAAUACGAGUGAAGGUAAUUUUACAGACGUGAAUUUGUCAGACAUGUCAAUGGACCAAAAUUCAGACCAAGAAAAUGAAAUGUCUGAAUCGAUUGGAAAAGUACAUUUCCAAGAGGAUUUUUCACUUUCUCAGGUACCACUGAGUACAUCAUUUACUUUUAAUCAUAGUGAUUCUGCACAACAGUCAUUUGGUCAGGAAAAUUAUCCUCAGAGUGCUGUUGUAAAAGAAAUGCAGCCACACCCUUUGCCCUGUACAUCUGUAGGACCUAUAAGCACACCAGGAAUGAUUGUACAAUACCCUCCCCAUUCUAGACAGAUCCAUAUGUGUCAAUCUUCAGUAGAAAAUUCAAAGGUAGCUCUUUCUAAUUCCCGAGUUGCUGUGUACUCAUCUCCGACACCAGCAGUAUUGCACAUAAACAAUCCUUUGUCUGCAUCAAACCCAGUUUCUUCACAACAUUUUGUUGUUUCAACGGAUCAGGGUCAUAGUUCCAGUGGUUUAGAUUUUCAUGGAGUACCUCAUAGUUCACCAACAAGUAUACUUCAGUCACCUGUCACUCCAAGAACCCUGGCUGCUACUGUUACUACUACCACGUCUGUUCCGGCUGUAAAUGUAAACUAUUCUAAUAGCCCUCUGAGCUUGCUUACUUACCAGAGGGUGCCUGUUUACCCCGUAGAAGGUCAGCCAACUAGGUUCCUUGAGGACCAGCCAACACACCAGCCUGGGUUAGAAAUUUCACCUGGAUGCUUAGAGGGGCUAACAUAUACACCGUUGAGAAGUUCUUCGAGAAUACAAACGACACCAUCACCUAUUAGUUCCGUAACUUAUGCGUCCCAUCCAAAUGUUGGGGAAUGUAACGUGGUGAGGGUUAAAAUUAAUGAUAAUUUUGUAUAUUUGCCUGUAGACAAGGUGUUGUCUAACACUAUGAGCAUCAACAGCAACCCGGAAUUGGCUCACGGAAAUGUAAGUUCAGCGGUGAUGCCAGUGGAAAUAUGCAGUGCUUCUAUUGUUUCAGAGAAUGUGGAAGACAGAGACUUGGGUGUUCAAGAACUUAAUAGUGGUUCACCAAGCAAAGACAAUUUUAAAAAUUAUAAGAACAGUGAGAAAAUCCAAGAUGCAAAUUUGUCUCCAACAAGCAUAUUACCCGAUCGUCAUUCUAUUCUCAUGUCUCCCACGGAAACGGUACCUGAUUAUAACAUAAAGACGGAAGAUGUUAAAUUGUUUGAUUCAGAUUCAGUGGCUACCACCAGUGAAGCAUAUGCAAGCAGUUUGACACAUUUUAAACCCAAAACACCCCAAGUGUGUUCCUUUCUUUUCUCCCCUAAGUACAAAGCUUUGUCUGCAAUGAGAGAGACAAUAGGACUAGCAACAGGCACUCCAGUUAAAAAGGAAAAGCCUCGUGUGCCAUUCUUUCUCAAGCAAUCGUUGGUACCUAAAAAGAGAAAAUUAAGUUAAUUUUUUGUGCAGUCCUCUUCCCCCCCCCCCCACCCCCCUCCAGUAAAUUUGUCUUAGCAUUUUGAAGUAAAAGGGAUGCUAAACAUGAUUUUUAUGCCCAAAAACUAGUAAACCAUAACAAUUGGUUUGUACUGUAUUUAAAGCUGUGUACAAAAUAUUGAUGACUUUAGGUUACGAUAUACAUAAAGUGUACUAAAUAAAAAAUAGUUAUA